AUGUUGGGGGAAGUUUGUGGAGCAGCAGGAAGUGGCAAGACGCAGUUUGUGUUGUCAGUUGCUGCUGAGUGCGUGCUGCAGCAGCACCUGCUGCAGCAGCAGCGCCAGCAGCUGCUCCACUGCAGCAGCAGCAGCGGCAGCGGGGUGGUCUACUACCUGCACUCGGAGGGGUCUUUCCCUGCCGGGCGCCUUGGGGAGCUGCUGCUGGAGCGGCUGCUGCGUCGCUCUGCAGCGAGCAGCAGCAGCAGCAGCAGCAGCAGCACAGCAGCAGCAGCAGCAACAGCAGCAAAUCUGCUGCAGCAGAUCCUGGUAGAGGAGAUAAGCUGCGAAGAAGAACUUGUCCCCUGUCUCCUUUAUAAGCUGCCAAGAUUAAUUGCUGCUAAGGGCCGCGUGUGUCUGCUGGUAGUUGAUUCUGUUGCUGCGCUGCUGAAGCAAGGAGAAGCAGCAGCAGCAGCAGCAGCAGCUCGCAACAGCAAGCUCGUCAGGCUUGCUGCGCUGCUUCGCAGAGUUGCUGCUGAACACAGCUGCUGCUGCCUCGUCGUCAACCACGUAACAGCAAGAAUAGUUCCCAGUUCUGCAGCUACUGCUGCAGCAGCUGCUGUUGCUGCUGCUGGGCCACGCUGGCAGCAGCAGCAGCAGCAAAUAGACUUCGAGACAGAGGAUGCUAAGAGGCGUCGGCUGGGUGACCCACAGCAGCAGCAGCGGCCGCUGAUGCUGCAGCAGCAGCACGACUGGCCGCCAGCUGCAAACAUGGCAGCAACAGCAUCAGCAGCAGCAGCAGCAGCACGAGCUGCUGCAGCAGCAGCAGACCCCCCGGGGGACCUGCGCGCUGCGCUGGGGGAGGUGUGGGGCAGCUGUCUCCAUUACCGUCUCUUUUUGUCUCGAAUAUUCCCGCGCUGCAGCAGCGCAGACGCUGCUGCUGCGGAGGACUUUGCUGCUGCUGCUGCUGCUGCAGGCCCCAAGCAGCAGCAGCAGCAGCAGGUGUACGGACAGCUGGAGCGCAUGCGCUGCAUGCACGUCUUGUUCGCCCCACACCUGCCCCCCUCAGCAACUCCUUUUGCCGUCACAGAGGCGGGAGUUGUUGAUGCCUAG